CGCCGCCCUCACUCCGUCAAGUGACGCAGGCGACGCAAGACGUGAGUGGACGCCACAAGGACCAUGGACACGGACCAGUUCAAGCUGUUCGCCGGCGACAUGGCGCUGUACAUCGGCGACUACCUGGACAACAUCCGGGACAGGCGGGUGCUGCCCACCGUGGAGCCGGGCUACAUGCGGCCCUUGCUGCCUGACAGCGCGCCGGACACCCCUGACAAGUGGCAGGACGUCAUGAAGGACAUAGAGCGGGUCAUCAUGCCCGGGGUGACGCACUGGCACUCGCCGCAUUUCUAUGCCUACUUCCCCACGGCCAACUCGUACCCAGCCAUCGUGGCUGAUAUGCUGAGCGGCGCUAUUGCUUGCAUCGGCUUCAGCUGGAUCGCCAGCCCCGCCUGCACGGAGCUGGAGGUCAUCAUGCUGGACUGGCUGGGCAAGAUGCUGGAGCUGCCUGGAGAGUUCCUGGCCUGCUCGGGGGGCAAGGGCGGCGGGGUGAUACAGGGCACGGCGAGCGAGGCGACCCUGGUGGCGCUGCUGGGAGCCAAGGCGCGCGCGCUCCGUCGCGCCAAGGAGGAAUACCCGCACUGGAGCGACAUCGAGAUCGUGUCCAAGCUGGUCGCCUACGCCUCAGAGCAGGCACACUCGUCCGUCGAGAGGGCCGGUCUGCUGGGAGGGGUGCAGUUCCGCCUGCUGCCCGCCGACGACAGGUUCCGUCUCCGCGGGGACUCUCUGGAGAAAGCAAUUCGCGAGGACAAGAAGGCUGGGCUCAUACCCUUCUACGUUGUCGCCACCCUGGGAACCACCAGCACCUGCUCCUUCGACGCGCUGGACGAGUUGGGCCCCGUGUGUCAGCAGGAGCGCGUCUGGCUGCACGUGGAUGCUGCUUAUGCAGGCUCUGCCUUCAUCUGCCCCGAGUUCCGGCACCUGAUGGCGGGCGUGGAGCUCGCAGACUCCUUCAACUUCAACCCGCACAAGUGGAUGCUCGUCAACUUCGACUGCUCGGCCAUGUGGCUGAAGGACCCCAAUGAUGUGGUGAACGCCUUCAAUGUUGACCCCUUGUACCUGAAACACGACCAGCAAGGAGCUGCCCCAGAUUACAGGCACUGGCAGAUCCCCCUGGGCAGGAGGUUCCGCUCCCUGAAGCUGUGGUUCGUGCUGCGACUGUACGGCGUGCAGGGCCUGCAGAGCCACAUCAGGAAGCAGGUGGAUCUGGCCAAGCAGUUCGAGGACCUGGUGCGCUCCGACGACCGCUUCGAGAUCGUCGGUGAAGUCAUCAUGGGUCUCGUCUGCUUCCGGCUCAAGGGCUCCAACGAGCGCAGCGAACGCCUGCUGAAGAGCAUCAACGGCCACGGGGUGAUCCACCUGGUGCCGUCCAAGGUGCGCGACGUGUACUUCCUGCGCCUGGCGGUGUGCUCGCGCUUCACCGAGCCCUCGGACAUCCAGCGUGCUUGGCGCGAGGUGCGCACCCUCGCACAGGACGUGCUGGCGGAGGGCGAGCCGGGCAAGUGAUUGGCCGCCGCCUGGGGCCGCGGGAAGACCGCGCUGGGCUGCCAUACCUCCUGAGCCAACCCGCUUGCUUCCCGGCCAGCCCACCCCCGCCCUGCUCUCUGUGACUUGGCAUAUCUGCUGUGCGCAGCUCGCUGGUGGAGCUGAGUAGUUGCCUGUCCUUGUGAAGAGCUUACGUCAUAUUCGCCUGGGUGUCCCACCCAUGACACAGUUGCUAUUGGCUCAAUCUCCUUAGCUGCAUGUAUCUGAGACCCAUUAAAGUGUUUGUAGCUAAUCUCAACUAUUCCCCUUGCACUUCCUGUCUCUAGCUAUGACGAAAGUUAAAGUAAACUGCUUACAAUAAAACUUGCCAGCCACGCAGCUCAUGUGAAACUGUCUUACGUAAUGUCCAAAUAUCAUAGAACUGCAUGUCAGCUCUUUUGUUUACACCUAGAAUCAAACUACGACGAAACGUUGGGUUUUUUUAUCCAGUAGCUUAUCAUGAAAAUGAACAAGUGUUUUUUUUCAGUUAAUUCCGCGUAAAGGGACUUAUGCAUAAUUUUAAAUUCGAUGAAGGUUUAUAUAUGUUUUUGAAAAAUGUCUAACUCGUAGUUUGUAACAUUUCUAUUAUUGUUCAUAAGUAAAUUUUGAUGCAUAACUAUUCCCCCACUUUUUCAACAUAAGUAAUAUCUCAUUUAAAAAAAAUCAACAUAUCUGAUCAUUUUCAGCUAUGGUGCCAAGUAUUCUGUUUUGUUCGAGAAAACAAGUCUUUUCAAUGAUGCUACCAAUCAGAGCACUACCUGCUUGUUUUUUUUUUUUUUAAAUAGAAGGGCAAAUUGUGGUUCUGUUUCACACGAUAUGGAUUUAUUGUUUCUCUCUCUCCCCCCCCCCCCCCUAUUUUUCCCUUUCAAAAAAAAUUCCUCACCCACAAAUAAAAAUGUUUUAUGACAAAAUAUUUUGGAAUUGAGUGAGGGGACUGAAUUCAAAAUUAUCUUGACGAAUUUAACCGAAUAUCGGAUGAAGUGUAAAUGUACAUGAAGGAGUUUGGCUUUAGUUUUAAAAAGUUGACAGGACUGCGGUGAACAUGUUCGCGGGCUUCCAUCCUGUAGUACCACUACUCGCCUCGGCGCAGCGCUGUUGUUCCCAAGCUCACCCGCGCAUAGGUGCUUUCCUACAUGUGUAAUGGCAUAGAGUAUGCUUUGGAUAUUUCCUGAGACGCAGUUAGACUAGCCAAAUGUAUGUUAAAGGGACCAACAUGUUGAUACAAGAACGUAUAAAAUGAUAUAGUUGUGAAAGUUACCUUUACUUGUAAAUACUAUAAAUUUUAUUUUUGUGUGUAAAUAUGACAUAAUUUUAAUAUGGUUUUUAUUAAAAAUAUAAAAAUGUGUUUUAAGAAAAUAUGUUCCUGGAAUUACUCUAAUGUGAACCUUGUGAUAUUUUUCUGUAAAAAUAACUUUCAUAAUCAUAGAAUGUAUUUUCUCAUAUGCAACAUAUUUUGUUAAAGGUCUUGUAAACUAUUGUUAUUUUUCAGCAGUAAAAUAAUUACAGUACAUUUCAAAUAAUAAUCAAGAGUGCUGUAUUAUUGCAUAACUGCAAAAGAACUUUAAACAAAAACGUUACUCUUAUAAAGAAGUUUUGUUUAAUCAUGAAAAUGAAAUAAAGAUAGGUCUAUGUUAGCAGCAGAUAUAGUUUUAAAACAAGAUCUUUACCUGUUUAUUUUAAAAUUUUAAAUCCUAAUUUUAUACUAAUAUUAGUAAAGAUGUAUUUAUACCAUUGUAAAUAAUUUAUUUUAUGUUUACGACUAGUCACAUAUACUUUUAAAAUUUUUUGUAAAUGUUUUUAAUGGUAAUUUUUCUUUUACCUCGAAUAUAAUUUAUCCUCACAAUCAGUAUUGUAUUUAAUUUUUCAAGCGAACCAUCGGAAUAAUUUUAGAUAAAAAAAAAAUUAGAAACUUGUACAACCUUACUAAUUUUUAGAAAUUUUAGAAUUAAGUAUCUAUUCUUUCUUUACUACCUGAAAAUAAUAGAAUCGAAUAGGUCUAUUGACUGGAUUAAUAUUAAGGAGUAUAAAGACAAUCUAAUUAAAAAUUGUGACAAUUAAAAUAAUAUAUAUGCUUAUGUUAGAAUAAACCAUACGAGAGAUACAAAAUGUUUAAUGACUCAAUUUUUCCAAGCCUGUAAUUUUUUUAGUCACUGAGAUUAUAUAAAAUGUUUCUUAGUAAUGUAUCCUAUUUGUAAUUUUUUUAUUUUAUAGCAGUGUAAGGGCAGGAAUAAAUUUCUUUAAUAUGACACUGUAUCUUUCUAUGGAAAAUUUGAUACAAUCACAGGGUAUUAUAAAUAUUUUUCAUAUAAUUUAGUGUUUACUUGCUUAUUUUUGAAGUGGAAUUCUGUAUGCUUAAUUGUUAUUGCAAUUUUGAAAUAUGAUGACUGUGAUUCGUUGUCCUGUUAAUUUAUGAUAGAAAGCUUACCAAGUUUUAUUUUUCGAAAUAUUGUAAACAGUGGACCAAAAUAAAUUGUAAUUAUUAGCACACAUAUUGUCCUUUAUUUAUAUUUACCUAUAUUAUAACAUAUAAGAUGGUGAUCAAAAGAACUGUAAAAUUCCAUCCUGAAUGCAUGUAUCUCUAAGGCGUGGAUUUCAAAUUUUUGGGUCUGAAUAACAAAUUAAAAUGUAGGGUAGCAUGGAUUGCCAAAACUUUGGUCUGACUCAAAGUAAAUAACACUGCACAGUUGUGUAGUUUUCCUGUAGCACAAGAUAACUAGGCCGUCUUUAAUGGAGACAAACGCUUGCCCUUGACUUGAUGUAAGCUUUUGGAAAUAUGCCAUUGCUUAGCAAUGGCGUAUGUCCAAAAUCGUACAUCAAGUCAUGCCCUCCCAUUGCACAAAUCUUUCAUAGAUAAACGCUUGCCCUUACCAAAGGAUGAUGAAAACUCGAAAGCUUCUCCAAUUUUGUCCAAAAUGAAACGAGACAAAACCCAACUGUUGUUGAACACACUUCACACUGUCACGUAAACAAUUGUCUAUAAGAUCAUGAAGCAGAAAAGGAUGUGAAGAUCAAAGGUUGUUCAGUAUAUGAAGGUAGUUCUAGUGGACAUGGAGGAGGUCCAAGGAAAUCAAGUCUGCUUAAACAUUCUCAGACUUUUUAUUGUAUCUUACUGCAAAGGCAAAUGAACCACUAGCUCCAGACGAAUCAGUUCCACAUGCUUUGAAAUGUAAAGAUGCUAUGCUAUGACUGAAGAAGUCAUUAUAUAUAAACAAAGAUGCCUUUGAAUGGUCAGAUCUACCUCAGGAAAAGACAGUAUUUUAUACUAAGUGGUUUUACAAAUUUAAUAACACAGACAGCAAAAGCUCAUUGUACAAAGCUAUAUUAGUUCUCAAAGGCAGUGUACAGAAAGCCAGUAUUGACUGUAUAAAAUCUUUUCACCUGUCAUCAAAUAAACAUCAUUAAUAUACCUGUUUGAAUUAUAAAAAAAUAUAAGUAUAAACUUAAAAAAUGACACACAUGGAUUCAAAAUAGCAUACUACAUGGCUAUUUAGAUAUGUUUAUGUACUACCCCCAGAUUAAAUAAGUGACGAAUCAGGAGGGAUAGUUUGGCAUUUGAAGAAGACGAUGCAUGUGUUAAAAAACUGGACAAUUUUGGAACAAGGGCCUUUACGCAAUGAUUAACAUAUUGGUUUGGAACAGUCAAAAGUAAAACCUUGUAUUUACCUGAAACAAUGAGGGUAGGUGUAGGAUUAGUGGAUGAUAUCAUCACAAAAAAAUGAAUAAAGCGCCGAGAAGAAUGUUCGCGACAUGUUGGAGUCCCAGUUACUAAUGAAGAACCUUGGCGAUGUUAAACUGUCAGGGGUGGAAGAUCACCAGGGACUUGAAGCGUAGCAGGCAUUGGAGUAGCCAUUCUGAAAACAUCUAUAUGUUUGCGAUAAUGUACUGUACACCCAUGACAACUUCGGUGGAAACAAUGAAAGUGAUAGUGAUGUGCAGUGUAGUGAAUAUAUGCCUUACCAGCAAACUGUAGGAAGUCUUUUGUACAAGUAAACAUGAAGUUAGGAUUAGUCAAAAACAGUGACAUUGAAAUAGAGAUUUUCAGUAAUGCUGACUUGUGGGGAUGAAAUAAAUAGGCAUUCAGUCACAGGCAUAAGUUUCAGGUAGAUGCUUUGUUGUUGUUGGUUGUAAAAAAAGAGGACAGUUCCUUUAAAGCACUGUAAAAUAAUGGAUGCAUAUCACUUAUCGCUGUACAGGAAGCCCUAGGGUUGAGAACUGAACGAUGAAAUGUUCCAUAAUCUGAAUUGUUAGUUUUUUUGACAAUAUAAUGCACUGUAAUUGAGUGAUUAAAUAAUUUAAUGUUUUUAGGGUAUGUUUUGCAAGUAAUAUAUUUUUGAAAUUGUUGUCUUAUUGCUCUUUGUAGUAAUUGUUAUUCAUUUUUGUCUAUGGAAUAGUUUAUUACAGAAUAAAAUUGCGUGUAAAUAAAAAGCUGAAACGUUUUACUUAUAUCAUUGUGAUAGUGAUAGUAACUUC